GUACACGAUAAGCGGUACAAGUGCGUCGUAGGUUAACUUUUCCUCAUCUAUAUUUUUUUUAGAUUUUUUUUAAUAAAAAAUAGAAAAAUGGCGGGAAACAUAAUACAACAUUUCUUUAGUUUGCUUUAACGAUCUAAUAAGUUACCAGUUUAUUAGAUUUUUUCUGAAACCCUAGAAAACAGGUUGAGGCAAAAGUUGGAGGAGAGAGAAAAUCUUUAAAUGGAUCGAUAUGUUGUGCCAACUGAACCUUCUUCUUCAAACCCUAAGCCAAUUAGAAGACCUCGUUGGAGAAGAACUGCAAUUGAAUUGAAUGGUUGUAUGGAAUCGAAGUAUAAGCGCGAAAUGUGUGGAUUAUUGGUUCAAUCUUACUCUCAGAUUGGUGUGUUUACUCACUUGUAUCAUAUAGAUGGACGUCCUUGUCGAACCCAUAUGGACCGUGUCCUGUCGUUUGCUGGCAUGGAUAUUCCGCUGUCUAGUAGAAGGCACGGUAUAUCUGCACUAGAGUUUGAUAAUCAGGGAAUAUAUGUAGCAUCGGUAACAAAAUCUGGCUGCUUGAUGGUGCAUGAGUUUGAAUCUCUUUAUUGCCAGAGUAAUGUAAUAUCACCAUGGUGGAAGGAAGAUGAAACGAAGCAUCUUUUGCACAUCUCUACAUCCAGGCAAUUGGAUUCUGUUCGAUGGAAUUCUGCUAACCAAGAUGAGGUUGCUUGUGCGUCACUAAAGAGCAGUGAAAUCUUGAUUUAUGACAUUGGUUAUGUCUCUUCUGACCCUGUUGACAUUUUAAAGAAGAGGCCUUCUGUCACUAUCCAUGGUUCUGAUAUCAUUACAGGUUUGUCAGAUGUAGCUUUUACGUCUACUGAUGAUUCCAGAGUUUUUGCUUCUGAUACCAACGGCUCGAUCAAUAUAUGGGAUAGAAGAGGAAGUACUUUCCCGUCGGUUCAGCUGACAACUAAUUCGAGUACUGCUCUUAACAGUAUACAAUUGAAUGUUGACAAUCAGAUUGUUUUUGGAGCUGGUAAGCAGGGCAUGAUAUAUAUGUGGGAUCUUCGUGGUGGAAGAACAUCUGCUGCUUUUCAGAACCAUAAAGAGGCAUAUCAUCCGCCUAUGGCAUCCGUGAAAGUGUCAUCACUGCUAGAGAAAAUCGAGAUACUAAAGGCACAAUCACAUAUUGUACCAAAAGAUAUACACUCGAUCAAUUUAGAUCCUUCUUCUCCAUAUCGGUUGGCGUUCCAUCUUGAUGAUGGUUGGUCUGGUAUUCUUGAUAUCCAUAGUCUAGAAGUGACACAUAUCCACUGCCCUCCACCAGCUUGGUUGACUGGCUCAGACAUAACUAAUUUAUCCUACAUGAUAAAACCAUCCUGGCUUUCCACAAAUUCAAUCUAUGCAGUUGGCUCAUCAUCAGAUAAAGGACUACACCUUCUAGAUUUCCAUCCUGACCCGGGCUCUCCCUGCCAUGUGGACUGCAGUGAGGAAAUGGCGAAUAUUUCCAGACGAAAUGGAUUUGUUCCUCUAUCAGAAGAUGUUUCUGCUUGUGCUGCACAUCCACUUAACGGUUUCAUUGUAGCUGGGACAAAGCAAGCAUCACUGCUGAUGAUUGGCCAACGGAAGAAGGCCGUACAAGGAGACGAAGAAGGCCUUUUGACUCAUCAAGACAACGAGUAGAUUUAUUCCACACGCAGAGUCCAAAAUGCUGCUAACACCCUCGAAGCUUCUGUGACUUUUCAGAGAACUACCCUUCUGAAUAUGCGCAAUGAACAUGAUUUAGAAGCCAGAUUGAAUGAAUAGAAGAAUUAUCAGGCUUCUUUUGUCCGAGAUUGUGCAAAAUAAGAGCGCCGAACUUUUAUUUUGAAGAUCAUCACCCAUGGGAUUCACAUAAUCCACACAUUACUGGAGCUUAGGAUCAUGAAUCUAACUUGUACUUGUUCAAUUUUGCCUUUCCAAUAGUCCUCCACUCCUACUGAUUUAGGGCUUAGGCUGCUGAAUUAUCCAUGUAUAUGGUGUUGUAUUUAGAAAACAAAACUUUGUAACGACUUCAAAUUUAAAUCUAUGUAGAAUGAUUUUGUCAA